AUGGCUAUCGACUCGAACUAUGAGCUCAGUGUUUUGUGCGUGCUGGUGCAGGAACUCACGGCGUGGAGCUGGACGCGCGCCGCCUUUGCCGCUGCAACGAUCGAGACGCCAGUCCAACUCGGCGCCGUUCACAGAAAUGUCAGGGACUCAAAGACAGCAACAGCCGCUCAGCUUCACGCAGCAACUUCGGGAUGCAAACCGCGUGUCGUCUUCGCAGGCGGAGGUUGGGGCCAGCCAGACGAGCAGUGCUGCGCUCUCGCAAGAAGGUGCGUUCACUACGGGGAUAUCGGUGCCAUUCUGAGAUGGCGAGGAGCUAACUGGGGUGUCCGGGCAGUUUACGAUCCCGAAUGUGAACAGCUAAGCGCCAUCACGUCGAUGUCGCAGUCUUCCUUCUCGCAGACCCAGUCACAGAACUUGCUGGGGUCGAGUCAGGAUGACCAACAGUGGCAAGCUCAACACGCGCUACCCCCGGUUCCUCCGCCUCCUGCCCACUGCAACCUUAGCGAGAAGCUGCAGGAGUUAGAAAAGAACCUCACGAAGGCACUCACUGAGCAAACGGACCAGCAGAAGCAACAGCAGCAAGUGUCGAUGGAGCGGCUCGCAAAGCCGAUCAACGAAUCGGUUGAAGAAAUCAAGGAUAAGCUCGCGACCAGCAGCGACGACCUGAAGAAACAACGAUGCAGCCUUGGGAAGCUAUCCGACGACGUCAAGGGGGUUGUUGUAGCCGUGACCGAUCUCCGCAAGCAGAAUCUCGAGAACAAUGAAGCAUGCGAGGAAACCCGAAAGGCAGUGGCUACCGAAGCAGCUGCGGUCAAAACAGCCCUUACAGAGCUUCAGGCCAGGAUCGAAACAGUCGAAGCUAGUGUGAAAUCGUGCUCGGACAGAAUCUCUCGCGUACUGGAAGAAGGCAGAUCCAAUCACGAGGCGGUGCUGUCGACUGUGGUGGCAUCGUCCUGCAAUUGUCCCGAAGAAGGUAUACCCGGAGUAAAAUUGGCUGAAUCCUCCUCCGGCUCUGGACGAGCUACCGGAAAGCGAAGGCGAAGUCCAUUCCGAUGCGACGUUGCCGGAAGGAAGCCUGCUCGGUACUCUUCCACUCCUUCGAUUGAUGACUCUCCCCCGCGCAUUCGAGCUCAAUUCUCAUCGCGCAACCAAGUUGAAAACACUGUGUGGCAGGAGGAAGAGGUCGAUUCAAGCGGCCUCCAUCACGCUCUCGAGCGGAUUCAGUCCCUCCGCUGUAAGCGACGCAGCUACCAGCACACUCGUUGA